GUAAACACACGUCAGUUUUUGUUUUUUUUUGCCCCAAAUUGCAAUCUCAAAAGGCUAUAUUAAUUUGUUUGCUAAUUUGCAUAAAUUAUCAGUCAGUUCACAAUUGCAAACAACAAGCUGAUGAUGCAGCUUCUCGUUCUAAUACUGCCGCUACUGGUGUACUUGGUGAAUGCCGGUCCGGAGGAGCAGGAGGGUGUGCGCUUUGCCAGUCGCUGUGAAGCCUGCAAAAUUUUGGCUACUGUAUUGCAGGAACGACUAAAGGAAACUGGCAAAUCGCACGAUGUAAUCGAAGUUGGUUACUCGCUCGAUGAUGUCAAACCAAAGAAACGCACCGAGUACCGCCGCAGUGAGCUACGUCUGCUGGAAUCGCUGGAGAAUGUUUGUGAACGCGUUUUGGAAUAUAACCUACACAAGGAGCGCUCUGAUAGCACACGAUUUGCCAAAGGUAUGUCACAAACUUUCAAAACACUACACGGCCUCGUCGACAAGGGCGUCAAAGUGGAUUUGGGCAUACCCUAUGAGCUAUGGGACAAGCCACCAAUCGAAGUGACGCAAAUGAAAGCGCAGUGUGAAGAUAUGGCUGAAAAUUAUGAGGAUGUCAUAUCAAAUUGGUACUUCAAGCUGCAAGAUGAGAAGAGUUUAAUUGAGCACCUUUGCGAGGAUGAAGUACUUGCGCUAGAUGAUCGAAAAUGUUUGAAGGAAACUCUGCCGGCUUUGGAGAGCGAUGAAGAUACGGAUGAUGUGAAGAAGAAAAGCCCGAAGAAAAACUCGAAGCUGCCAACAAAAACAAAAGGCGAUUCAGGCGAAAGCGCUACGAACAAAGAGGAGCUUUGAUGCAAUAAAGCAAAGGGAGAUUUCCAAUGAAUUUUCAUUUGCACAAUGCAAUGCGCUGUAAAACCUAUUUAUGCGUUUGUAUGUAUGUGUUUAACCAUUGAAUAUUUUUCCAUUGUAUUUACUUUGAACCAAAACAUGAGAUUCCUAAAUAUUUAUCCAUUAAAUUUAAUAGGUAUAGAUUAUAAUAAAAAUAAUUUUUUAAGUAUUCCAAAAAUAUA